AUGGAGGAAGGCCGAAGUUUUCAUUGGAUGUCGUUUUGCUGUCUGUGCCUUUUCGACUUUUGCGAUGGAGACAGAGUGAUAAGACCUGGCCAUCCUUCUGAAUCGGGUUCUGGUGAACCAGCAACGGUUGAGUUUGACUACGAAACAUUGAUCUUCAAUCCGGAAAGCCCACGGUAUAUUCCACCACGCCAGUGGGGGAGAUCCAGGUCGUUCGUCCUUGCCGCACACCUAGAUUGUCAAAAAAGAUUUCCUCCUUUCGACAAGCACGUUGUAUCGAACCUCCUAUGCCAUGAUUUUCCGCCCUCGGAAGCCCGGAAACGGGAAAGACUGCUGUUUCUUCAACAGCGUUGCUUUGAUACUUUCGGGGAGCAUGCAGAUAUCACUUUGAACGCUCUUCAAGAACAGGCUCGAAUAGGCGUCAGAGACUUAAUUCUUGCACCAAACUUGGUCAAAUUCCUUGCUGGCAAAACGGCCAGAUAUUUGCACUUCGUUGUAGAUCCAUCAAACCCAAUCUGGGGCCUAUCGGCCACGUUCGAAAACGCUCGUUACCUCCAAGGCCUUUCAAACAAGCCAGGUAGAAACGCAUUCUUGGUGGUCUCUCAGCCGCAGUCAGUUACCUUGGAUGGAGUUUAUUUCGCUUUAGACCACCUUGGCGUCAGGGCAGUCUCCUUUGGUGAGUCUGAUAUAACACGAAGCUCCAACCAUGAACAGCCGGGAAUUUGGUGGAGUUUCCUCAACACCAACAAGGCGCAGCGGUACUUUUUGAAAUGGUACAGUGAUGGCUUUAAAAUGCGCGAUUUGCAUGUGGUGGAAUCGCCAGAAGACGUUCUGCCUCCACUAGCAAGGUGGUCGUUGCUACCACCAAAUCCAGAAGCCAUCUGGUACUUGAACCUUGAUGACAGGGCCUAUGGCCGACACUAUUUCAAGGUUUUGGAGUGUGACAGCACUGAAAUCACUGGCUACUCAUCAUGCUUACUUGAUGAAGACAUUCUUUAUCUACACAGUCACCGUGAGGGCGAGGACUUGUCAUUCUAUCGCGAAGGUCGAGGAGACCGACUACACGCAGUGUGGCUCUAUUUUCCAGUCGAGAAGCACGAGCGGAUCGUCGAAGUCUGGCGCCUUAGGAGGAGACCAACAUUCUGGCGCGAUAUCCCUCUGCUACGAACGAACAAGGGACGCGUUUUCUUUCUAGGAGCAAACGCCAGCAUGGCCCAACCAGAAGCCAUCUUCGAACGUGUGGCCUUGUUGACCGCACAGCCUUCUCGUUUUUGGUUCAGUCUUCGGGGAGAUGGCGUCGACUGUCUUGCAUUUGACUGUGAGGACAAACGCCACGAUAAGAACGAAGCUCCCCCAUCUUUCCAUGAUCCAUCUACAUGGUCCUCGAGGAUGAGUGUCCAGCAGGUCUUCAACAAAUCGGUCAGACUUGGAGCUGUUACCGGAGUUGUCCCCUGCAGAUCUUGGAUCCCCGGGUCUACUGGGAUUGUCGGUCUCGUCUUUACCUACUCCGAUGGAUCGAGGGAAUCAGUAGGACAAGUCCGUCUUGAUCAUCUCCUUUCACCCAUCGAGGUUGACCCGAACGGAGAGAUGUGGCUAGGGGCCAGACUACUUGACCCCAGCGGCGCAGUCGUUGAGUCAAUGAAAGUGAUCCCGUCCUCUGGCCAAACCUUCCAUGGUGGAAACCCUUCUCAGGAAGGGUUGACCUGGUUAAGGAUACUUUGGCGGGGCCGGUUGGACUGGAACUUUUUGUAUAGCCAAUGCUUCAUCAAUGUCAGUGAUCAGGUCAAUGUACAUCAGCAUAUGAGCAUUGAUAUGUUGCUGGAGAGCUGGGCUGGGAGGGAAUGGGAGAAGGAGGAGGUGUCGGGACAGCUUGUUGUACGUGCCCGUUGA